UUGUUUUAAAAUUUCUAAACACAUUUUACAUCUAUACAAUAUUAAAAGGGAUAUAUGAGCUCCAUUGAACCUAUCCACGUCAACCAAUUAAAUCAACCAAUGAUAGAAGACUAUGCUGCCACGUCACCAUAGUUUGUCGUAUGAAAAGAGAAUCUGAGCUUUUUGUUUUGUCUCCUAAAUAUUUAUCAUGGACCAAGUCAAGCCCAAUUCCGAAAACCCAAUCUCAAAUGCAUCGAUUGAAUCUGUCUUUUCCACUUCGUCUUCUACAUCUCAGUUCUGUAAUCGUCGUUACCACCACCACCACCUGAUCAAUCUGAGCUCUUUAAUCCCUCCUUGAUAACGUUUCACCUCACUUUGAUAUUCCUAUAAAUCGCUUCGUCUAAACCUAAAACCACCCGAAAUCCAAAACAUCCACUGAAAAGAACAGCUAUGGCCUUUAAAUCCACCGGAAAGUCUCCCGCCGCCGUUUAUUUCAAGGACCAGCAGAAUCUGAGCUACAAUUUCGGUUGAACCGUUUCUGGGAGGCUAGAUACAUUGCAAAUGGUGGGAGCUUUAUUGGGUUAGAGCUACUCCUCAUCAACAAAGAGAGUACUUGGAUGAAUCGAUGUUAAUACCAAAGAACACUUCUGUUCUAAUUCAUCAAGUCCCAGGACGGCCUCGCGUCAGACUUAUCACUGCACAAGAGCCUAGAAUCGAGAAUAAAGUGGAACAUGUUCAAGCUGAAACCAGAAAUUCUCAUGUUGCUCUGCCGCCUGCAGCAAAAUAUAUUGAAUAUGAGUUCGGGAAUGAUUUUUACUUCAUCCCUGCUGUCCAAGGUGCACAGCAUAAUAAUCCAUGUCAUGUUCUUGCACCAGCAGAAGAGAAAGUAUAUGAAGAAAGCUAACUUCAGGCCUCGAUUGACACCCCGGCACUUGACUGGCAGAGAUUUAAUAGGCAAUGUCAAGAUAAUUUUGGGGCAGGGAGAGGUUACAUAUAGGGUACGAAUGUGGUUUUGUAAAACUCCACCUCCGGGGUAUAUUUGCCAUCGUUGUAAUGUCGCUGGACAUUGUAUUCAUCAUUUCCCCACAAAUGGUAACUCUAAUUACAAUGUUAAAAGAGUUAAACCACCUACUGGUAUCCCCAAGUCCAUAUUGGUGGCUCUUAUUCAUUGCCAAGUGGUGCAGUUGCAGCUCUUAAACCAAAAGAGAAAGGAUGCUUUUGACAAGAAAAUAGAGGGAUUGCCUUCCACAACACGCUCUGUAGGAGAAUUUACAAGCAGAUGUUGUUUCCAGAGCUUCUGUGUGACAAGUUUUCGGUAUAUGUUCUUUCUCUCAAUUUUCGUGAAUUCUUAAACCACAAAAAGCAAGGAGUAACUGGAGUCGAGGAAAUGCUUAGUCAUGUGAUAUAGAGUUCUUCUAUACAAUAGAUAGUGAACAUCACUAAAACCAAAGCAAGUAUUUUGGAUUGUUUUAAGGGUUAUAGUUCUUUUAUGUUUAGUUAAAGUGAUCCAUCUGAAUCUAUAUAUGAUUGAACGUUGAUGAAUCUGAUUCGUGCAACUCUCUAUCAUUUUAUAGUUUCUCAUAUUUA